AUGAUUAAUACGCGAUAUGGACAUGCAUCAUCUGUAUUACAAAAUGGAAAAAUAUUAGUUACUGCUGGAAUACAUAAUGAUACUUAUUUGAACAGUGCUGAAUUGUAUGAUCCAUUAACAGAAACAUGGACAAUAACUAAUAGUAUGAAUAAUAGCAGACGUUUACAUACAGCUUCGAUAUUAUGGAAUGGAAAAGUUUUGGUUAGUGGAGGAACUGAUAUUUAUUUAAGUAGUGCUGAGUUCGUAUACCGUAGUAGUAUAGGUCUCAAUAGUUCUGAGUUGUAUGAUCCAUCAACAGAAACAUGGACCAUAACUGGUACCAUGAAUAUUGGUCGACAUGCACACUCAGCAUCAUUGUUAACAAACGGAAAAGUAUUAAUUGCUGGAGGUAUUCAUAAUGGUACUAUGUUGAAUAGUACUGAACUUUAUGAUCCGUCUACAAGAACAUGGAUAGUAACUGGUAGUAUGCAUAAUGAACGAUAUGAUCAUACAGCAUCUGUAUUAACGAAUGGGAAAGUUUUAGUUACUGGUGGAGGAAUCGAUAAAAAUUUAUACAAUACUGAAUUGUAUGAUCCAUCAACAGGUAUCUGGACACUAACUGAAAAUACAAUAACUCAUAGAAUUGAACAUAUUUCUUUUCUUUUACCAUAUGGUUCUCAAAAAAUAGCAUUUAAACACUUUCAACAAUAA